CAAAAUGCACAUAGGUUAUGCUCCCACCGCGCCCCAUCAUAGCUUUGAUUUAAACCCUAUUUCACCACCACCCAUCCCCGCCCUCUCACUACCGGUCACUGCACCCCUUUCCGGCGUACGCCGCUGCCGCUGCCGCUCCAGAGCAUAUAUUUUUCUAUUUCAUGUACCUGCCUUGAACUGGUUGAAGGGCGUGAGAGUUGAGUUAGAAGCAACCUAGAGAUAGCUAUGGGAGUAGAGCAAAACGACCCUUUGAAGGGAGUAGAGCAAAAAGACCCUUUCAAGGGAGUAGACUGGAAAGCUGUGGGUGGGGAUAUGCAGAAAGAUCCCAGCUCUACAAACAUUAUAAAGAAAAGGCGUCCAACAAAAAUUAGGCAAAUCCCAGAUUAUUAUUUUCUUCCUAGAAGACCCCUUCCUUAUGUCAUGGCAUUCUAUGGGGCCUGUAUUGCUGGUGGUAUCGGUGCUGGUAUGCUGGUGGAGAUGUGGAUAAAUGAUAAAAUUAAAAAGGAUGGAGGUGUCAUCUGGGAGUUUGACAAGUAGAGUACAAGAGUAGUAUGAAGUUGGAACAAGAUCGUCGUGUUGCUGGGUUUUGUUUUAUUGUUAAUCUUAGUUAUGGAACAUGUAAUGUAAGUGAACAUCUUUUAAUGCCUCAAUGAAGUUGUACAAAAAUUGGAAGCAAUAAUUGUAAGUUUGUUUUUUGUUUU